CAAAAAGCUCGAGAAGCUUCCUGCACUCUGGUAGUUACCAGCUCUGGAAAUUCUUCACUUGACAGGAUUGGAGAGUUUACAUUGUUUGUGCAGCGGUGGUACUACACGUGUCACAUUUCAGAAACUGAAGGUGCUUACCUUGGUUGAGAUGCCAAAAUUUGAGGCAUGGCUGGACACAGAUGUGGUACAAGGAGAAGGGCCAAUAUUUCCCGAGGUUGAGGAGCUGGAGAUCCGCGCGUGUGGAAGUUUGACUGCACUACCAAAAGCAGCAUCGGUGAUUACGGAAUCGUCUGGCGGAGUUGACACUAAGUUCCGCUCCGCAUUUCCAGCAUUGAGGAACAUGACGUUAAGAUAUUUGAAUAUGUUUGAUAGAUGGGAGGCAGCCGAAGGAACUCCAGGAGAAGAGGUAACAUUUCCUCUGCUGGAGGACUUGGAAAUUAUUGCCUGCCCGAAGUUGACUGGUCUCCCUGAAACACCCAGGCUAGGUAAAUUAGCCAUAGAAGGAGGUGGUCAACAAAUAUCCCUGCAGGCAGCUAGCAGAUGCAUUCCUUCGCUGUCCAGUCUGCGUCUGGAUGUGUCACCCGAUGACACGGAAACAACAUUGCUGCAUGUCAAGCAGAAAUGGGAUCAUGAACUCCCCCUGGCAGCUAUGAGGCUAACUAGGUGCGACCUUUUGUUCUCCUCCCACCCAGAUGCACUAGCGUUGUGGACAUGUUUUGCACGGCUUGUAGAUUUGACAAUUUUGAAUUGCGACGCUCUUGUCUACUGGCCAGAAAACGUGUUCCAGGUCCUGGUAUCCCUAAGGAGGUUAUCGAUUUGGAGCUGCAGCAAACUGACAGGACACACACAAGCUUCUGACAGGCAAUCUGCUCCAGAAGGGGGUGGACUCCCGCCACGUCUGGAAUCUCUACAGAUAAGUGGUUGCACAUCUUUGGUGGAGGUCCCCAACCUGCCGGCAUCUCUCAAGACAUUAGAAAUUGCUGUAUGCGGUGAUAAUCUCAAGUCCAUCAUAUUCGGUCAGCAUGAGUACGUGAUGCCGGUGGGUGGAGAAGGUGUCGUACAGCCGGACACGUCAUCAUUAAUUCCAGGGUCCAGCGGUAGUGAGGCCACGGCGUCUACAGCUGUACUGAAGCUGUCAUCAGCAGCCAACCAUCGCUCCCUUCCAUGCCUAGAAUCUCUAUUUAUAGGGUGUUGCUUUCGUUUGUCAGAGGUUGCCAAUCUUCCUCCGUCUAUCAAGACCUUGGACAUUUUUGGCUGCGGCAACCUUCAAUCCCUAUUAGGAAAGCUAGAUGUCGUCCAAAAAUUAAAUAUUACCUCAUGUAGACGGUUGGAGUCACUGGAAUCUUGCGUAGGAGAGCUCCGAUCUCUGGAAGAACUCAGGCUUCUUCAUUGCAGAAGCCUGGUGUCCUUACCGGAUGGGCCUCAAGCAUACUCAUCUCUUAGAGUUCUUCAGAUUCAAGAUUGUGAUGGUAUAAAGUUGCUUCCGCGGAGCCUACGGAGCCGUUUGGAUUGCCUCGAGGAGAAACAUCUAGAUGCCCGUUACAAAGAAACGACUUGGAAACGUGCAAUCAGGACGCUGGCGUGCUCGAAAUAGCAGAUUGAGGACCUAAUAAAUAAAGUUACCAUCAAGUUUUUUUUGAAGGGAUAUCACCAAGGAUCGUUAUUACCAGACCCGUGACCGUGGUAGAAUGUAUAACAUACACUUACUGAAGAUAAUCUCCAGUGAACUCCAUCGGAAGUCCAAGAUUUUAAGCAGCAAACAAGUCCCAGAACGCAAGCUGAAGAAUUUAGCACAUGGAGCUCCGCGCUCGAGUCCUUUAUCCUUCUUCAAGCUGAAGUCCUUUAUUUUGAGCAGAAAACGAGUCCCAGAGUGCAAUCUGAAGAAUUAUAGCAUACCGAGCUCCAUGAUCCAGCUUUUUAUCCUUCUCUUUUCUUUUGAACUGUGACGUGUUUGAAUUCGUGCCUGCUCCAGCACAAGCGAAACACAGCUAGGGCUUCCAUUUCGUGAUGUGUUUUUUCUACAUGACCGCAGAAGAUAAUUGCCAAAUCAGUAGUCCAACAUGUUCAUGUUGUUGUUCGA